AUGGAAGUUCCUGCACAGAGCUGGUCUAUGGAGUUGUCUGAUGACAGUGAUUUUGAAAACUCUGUUGUACAACAAAGGAGAGUGAUUCAGAGAGGUGCACCGUCCAGAGCCCAUAGGGAACAUGGUGAGAGGCAGGAGAGGGUGGAAGCCAGUGCUCCAUCUGAUGAUGGGAUGGAACUACAGGGACAGCGAGGGCCAAAUGAAGCUAUCAGUCACUUUGCAGAUGCCAUUCCUAUUGAUGUUGAAGAAGAUGAAGACCUUGAGGAGGCCAUCAUACGCAGUCUUUUAGAUCAGUCUGUGCAGCCCUUACAGGAUUCAAGAAGGGUUGCACAACCCAGAAGUUUAAGCAAAGAAGAAAUUACAGGAAUUGUGAAAGCUCACAGUGAGAGGGUUGUCACAGAAGCAUACAGACCGAUCUACAUCAGCCGAGCGAACGUUUGGAAAACUGCCCUCCGACAGUUUAGUAGACAGAAAUUCACUGAGAGGACCAAUCUGCUGUAUGUGACCUUUGCCAGUGACGAAGGCAACAACGAAGAUGGAGAAGACCUCGGAGGGCCAAGACGAGAGUUCUUUCGUCUGCUUGUAAAAGCCAUCUUCAAAGAGAGUGGGGCAUUUGAAGAGUCUCCAAAUGGCUUCACACCAAGAAUGAACAUUUGUCAUGUGCAGAAUGGAGUGUACCGCACUAUUGGACAUAUGAUGUCUACCAUCAUUGUCCAGGGUGGUGAACCUCCAGCUCUCUUUUCUCCUCUGGUAGUGGACUACCUUAUGACAGGACGCAGCUUUCAUUUGAAUGUCACUCCAGAUGAUAUAGCUGACAUGGAACUUAGAGAAUCCCUGAAGAAGGUUGAUACAUCUUUAACCACUGAUGAGCUGGAGCAAGCAGUGCAAUGCUGUGACUCAUGGAGAUUCCAAAUAGAAGGUCUUCCGAACCCAGUCAACAUGGACAACAAAGACGCAUUUGUGCAGAAUGCAAUAGUUUUCCAUGUCCUUAUUCAACGACAGAGCUGCUAUGAUCAAUUGGUUGAGGGUUUGAACUACUAUGAGGUUCUGCCACUCCUGAAAGAAAGGCCUUGCCUUAGGGUCCUUCUUGAAAUGCCCAAAGAACCCAGUGAUGUCACAGCAGAUGUUGUAGCUACCCUCCUGAAACCUACCUACUCUGUUCCGGGAAGUAACAAACGACCAAGAGAGGAGUUAAUGGUGGUUAAGUUCAGAGAGUUUCUUGACUGUGUACAAAAGAAGGAGCUGGGGGAACAUCUCAACGCCAGGGACCUCACAGAGGCAGAAAAGAUGUUUAUCCCGACAUUGAAUCCUGGACACAUCCUAGCCUAUGCAACAGGAAGCAGCAACUGCCCACUGUGGCUCAUCGACAACCACGACUACAACAUCAAUCACAGAACUCCUCCCCCAGCUUACACGAACGACACGACCUCUAUCCCCCAUGUCACCCGCUGA